AUGAAAUGGAUAAAAGUGCCAGGCGCAUUGGUGGCGUCGGAUCCUCUUCCAGAGGUGGAAACGGUAGCUUGCUCUAUAGAGGGUGUCCAAAUGGUUGCGGCGAUACAUCGAGAUCUUUUAGGCUUACCUCUCUUCGUUCGGGAGCGGUGGAAAGCGGAGUGUCUCGGGGGCCGGAAAAGAUAA